UCUCUGUAUUCCUGCAUGGCAGGAGGGAUUUUUCAGGGCUAUCCAGACGUUAUAAACUCCCUUUUCUUUUUGAAGAGAAUUUGCGCGGCGAAGCGGACGCCAAGAUGUCGGAUUCAAAGUACUUCACCACCACCAAGAAAGGGGAGAUUUUUGAACUCAAGGCCGAGCUGAACAGCGACAAGAAGGAGAAGAAGAAGGAGGCUGUGAAGAAGGUGAUUGCCUCCAUGACGGUCGGGAAAGAUGUCAGCGCUCUCUUCCCGGACGUCGUGAACUGCAUGCAGACAGACAACCUGGAGCUGAAGAAGCUGGUGUACCUCUACCUGAUGAACUAUGCCAAGAGCCAGCCGGACAUGGCCAUCAUGGCGGUCAACACCUUCGUCAAGGACUGCGAAGACCCCAACCCGCUGAUCCGGGCCCUGGCUGUGCGCACGAUGGGCUGCAUCCGGGUGGACAAGAUCACGGAGUACCUGUGCGAGCCGCUGCGCAAGUGCUUGAAGGACGAAGACCCGUACGUGCGCAAGACGGCGGCCGUCUGUGUGGCCAAGCUCCACGACAUCAAUGCCCAGCUGGUGGAGGACCAGGGCUUCCUGGACACCCUGAAGGACCUCAUCUCCGACUCCAACCCCAUGGUGGUGGCGAACGCGGUGGCGGCGCUGUCGGAGAUUGCGGAGUCCCACCCCAGCAGCAACCUGCUGGACUUGAACCCUCAGUCGAUCAACAAGCUGCUGACCGCUUUGAACGAAUGUACGGAGUGGGGCCAGAUCUUCAUCCUGGACUGCCUGGCCAACUACAUGCCCAAGGAUGACCGCGAGGCACAGAGCAUCUGCGAGCGGGUGACGCCACGCCUGUCGCACGCCAACUCGGCAGUGGUGCUUUCGGCGGUGAAAGUGCUGAUGAAGUUCAUGGAGCUGCUUUCGAAGGACCUGGACUAUUACGGGACUCUGCUGAAGAAGCUGGCCCCUCCGCUGGUCACUCUGCUCUCGGCUGAGCCGGAGCUCCAGUAUGUUGCCCUGCGCAACAUCAACCUCAUCGUCCAGAAAAGACCCGAAAUCCUGAAACACGAGAUGAAGGUCUUUUUCGUGAAAUACAAUGACCCAAUUUACGUCAAGCUGGAGAAGCUGGACAUCAUGAUCCGCUUGGCAUCACAGGCGAACAUCGCACAGGUCCUUGCUGAGUUGAAGGAAUACGCCACAGAGGUGGACGUGGACUUCGUGCGCAAAGCUGUCCGGGCCAUUGGCCGAUGCGCUAUCAAGGUUGAGCAAUCGGCGGAGCGCUGCGUCAGCACACUGCUCGACCUCAUCCAGACCAAGGUCAACUAUGUCGUCCAGGAAGCCAUCGUCGUCAUCAAGGACAUCUUCCGCAAGUACCCCAACAAGUACGAAAGCGUGAUUGCCACCUUGUGUGAGAACCUGGACUCCCUGGACGAACCCGAGGCCAGAGCCGCCAUGAUCUGGAUUGUCGGUGAAUACGCUGAACGAAUCGACAAUGCGGAUGAACUCCUGGAGAGCUUCCUGGAGGGCUUCCACGACGAAAGCACCCAGGUACAGCUCCAGUUGUUGACGGCCAUCGUGAAGCUCUUCCUGAAGAAACCCACCGAGACCCAAGAGCUGGUGCAACAGGUCCUUAGUUUGGCAACGCAGGAUUCGGACAACCCCGACCUGCGUGACCGUGGCUACAUCUACUGGCGACUUCUGUCGACGGACCCGGUGGCGGCGAAGGAGGUGGUGCUGGCGGAGAAGCCGCUCAUUUCGGAGGAGACGGACCUGAUCGAGCCGACGCUGCUGGAUGAGCUCAUCUGCUACAUCGGGACCCUGGCCUCUGUCUACCACAAGCCCCCCAGCGCCUUCGUCGAGGGCAGCAGGGGCGUCUUACACAAGAGUCUCCCUCCGCGCACAGGAUCGAGCGAAAGUGCGGAGAGUCCGGAUCUGGCCCCGACGGGAGCUGCUCCGUCCGAGCAGCCGGCGGUCAUCCCCACCCAAGGUGACCUCUUGGGCGACCUGCUGAACCUUGACCUCGGACCCCCGGUGGGCGGCCCACCCGUCGCCACUUCCUCCGUCCAGAUGGGCGCCGUGGACCUCCUUGGCGGGGGCCUGGACAGCCUGAUGGCGGACGAAUCUGAAGGGAUGGGGGGGCCGAGCUCUCCGCCGCACCCAGCGCCAUCAUGCCCUCCAACCUGGCGCGCGCCCACUCUGGCGGCGUGUUUGGGUGACCUCUUUGACUUUGCCGGCAGUGUGGGAGGCUUGUCUGGGUCCUACGUCGCCCCCAAAACGUCUGGCUCCCGCGGGGUGAAAGGCCAGGGCCUGGAGAUUUCGGGGACCUUCAGCCGCCCAGGCGGGCACACCUUUCCAUGGACCUGCUUCUCUCAACAAGGCCCUGCAGGUCAGUCCGACUUCGCCAUCCAGUUCAACCGGAACAGGUGGCGGGAAGAACAAACAUCGACCGUGUUUUAUUCAGCACGCUUUACCCUCUCCCCACUACUCUUCGUGGAAGACGGGAAUGGAGCGGCAGAUGGCUAUGGCCACGGGAAGGACAUCCCAACGAGACGAAGCCCAGUGCCGAUCAAGGACUGCCGCGCUCGCGCAGGGCAGCCAGGGGAGCCACCAGCUGGGGAGGGCACGGGGGGGGUGCAAAAAAGGCGUGAAGCACAGGACAAGCUAGAAGGCGGAUAG